AUAGUAACCCUGCCCUGAAUCCGCUCCCACCACCGGGCACUGGGAAGAGUUUAGCGUAAGGAUUCCUUUUAAACCCCAAUAUGACAGUUGCUACCGGAGAUCCUGCAGAUGAAGCUGCAGCUCUUCCCGGUCACCCGCAGGACACGUAUAACCCUGAGACCGACCAUGAAUGCUGCGAGAGGGUGGUCAUUAACAUUUCGGGGCUGCGCUUUGAGACACAGCUCAAGACAUUAGCCCAGUUUCCAGAGACCUUACUAGGGGAUCCUAAAAAAAGAAUGAGAUAUUUCGACCCGCUCCGGAAUGAGUAUUUUUUUGACCGGAACAGACCCAGCUUCGAUGCGAUUUUGUACUAUUACCAGUCCGGUGGGAGGUUGCGGAGGCCGGUUAACGUUCCCUUAGAUAUUUUCUCGGAAGAGAUCCGUUUCUAUGAACUGGGAGAAGAAGCGAUGGAGAUGUUUCGGGAGGAUGAAGGCUACAUCAAAGAAGAGGAAAGACCGUUGCCUGAGAACGAGUUUCAGAGACAAGUGUGGUUACUCUUUGAGUACCCCGAGAGCUCGGGCCCUGCCAGGAUUAUAGCUAUUGUCUCCGUCAUGGUGAUUUUAAUCUCCAUCGUCAGUUUUUGCCUGGAAACGUUGCCCAUUUUUCGGGAUGAGAACGAAGACAUGCAUGGCAGUGGGCUGAGCCAUCCCCCCUACUCCAACAGCAGCAUGGGCUACCAGCAGUCCACCUCUUUCACAGACCCCUUCUUCAUCGUGGAGACGCUUUGCAUCAUCUGGUUCUCCUUUGAGUUCUUGGUGAGGUUUUUCGCCUGCCCCAGCAAGGCUGGGUUUUUUACCAACAUCAUGAACAUCAUUGACAUCGUAGCCAUCAUCCCCUAUUUCAUCACCUUGGGGACGGAGCUGGCCGAGAAGCCGGAGGAUGGUCAGCAAGGCCAGCAAGCCAUGUCCUUGGCCAUUCUUCGAGUCAUCCGGCUGGUCAGGGUCUUCAGGAUCUUCAAGCUCUCCCGACACUCCAAGGGGCUGCAGAUCCUGGGACAGACUCUCAAGGCCAGCAUGCGGGAGCUGGGCCUCUUGAUAUUUUUCCUCUUCAUCGGCGUCAUCCUCUUCUCCAGCGCCGUCUACUUUGCCGAGGCCGACGAGAGCGAGUCCCAGUUCCCGAGCAUCCCCGAUGCCUUCUGGUGGGCCGUGGUUUCAAUGACAACUGUUGGCUACGGAGACAUGGUCCCCACGACCAUCGGGGGGAAAAUAGUGGGUUCCUUGUGUGCCAUCGCUGGCGUAUUAACGAUUGCCUUACCGGUGCCCGUCAUAGUGUCUAACUUCAAUUACUUCUACCACCGGGAGACGGAGGGAGAGGAGCAGGCUCAAUAUUUGCAAGUAACCAGCUGCCCAAAGAUCCCCUCUUCCCCUGACCUAAAGAAAAGCAGAAGUGCCUCUACUAUUAGUAAGUCUGAUUAUAUGGAGAUUCAGGAAGGCGUAAAUAAUAGCAAUGAGGAUUUUAGGGAGGAGAACUUGAAGACAGCCAAUUGCACCCUAGCUAACACAAACUAUGUGAAUAUCACCAAAAUGCUAACCGAUGUCUAGUCGCUAAAAAUCUAGUUCCGUAUUUAAAGCUGAAGUGGAACAAUUGCAGAUAUCGAGUGCUGCUCUGCAUUGUAGUUAACACAGUAUUUUCUACGGUGUAUAUUUGGUUCUGCAUGGGAAGCAAUAGCUGUGUAAGUGACUUUUAACCUUUGAUUUCCACACUGAAUAAGGAAAAAAAAACAAACCCAACCCAACCAUUUCGUUUCCCUUCUCCCAUCCCAAGCUUGUGGGUUUCCAAAGGGACGGAGCGGUUGGGCAUUUCGAGUGACGGGAUGGGGAUACAAGGUGCAGCUCCGGGUUAUCCCAGGGUACCACGAACAUCGCUCCCUGUCCCAUGGAGCUGGGUGACAGCCAGCUCCCAGGCGUGGAGAACGGCUGGGAAAGGUCAGGCAGAGCUUAACGAAGGGAAGAUGCAGUCGUUGUGUCCGGAUUGCUGGAAGGCUCAGGUUUCCGCCCCGGGAGUGCCAAGUGCGAACGCAUCACCCAGGCUCGUGUUUCAUAACGGCAAAUGCUGCAUGCUGCAAUAGUUUCAGCCACUGCAGUAUGCCAGUGUGAGGCCCAGGGGAGGGAUAAUUAGUAUGACGGCACAUUAUUUAUUAAGUCUUAAAUUUUCUAUGCUAGGCAUCGGAAGGGACAAGUAAAUAAAUCAAGCGCUUGGAUUUUAUUGAUUUCUUUAGAUGACACUUCCAUCACCAAUAUUUCCAGGAUCACCAAAGACACCUCCACUGACACAUUGAAAAUGAGUUGG